UAUUUUUCGUCAGUCGUCAUCGCCAAUUACCUGUUAAAAUACGUCAUACUUAUUAGCUUAUUACGUAUUCAAUUACUGUCAAUUUAUCUUCAUCAUACAUACGUAUAAAUCUAAUCAAUUAAUUUUUUACAAAUAUCAUUAAAUAAUUUAUUGUUUGCUAGUAAAUAUAAAUACUCGUUUAAAUUUGAAUAAAUAAAUAAAUAAAUACAAUGGAAACUGCUCAACGAUCACAACAACAUGAAGAAUGGAAACAAAGAUCAUUUUUGGGACCUUUACCACAAAGUUUUUUACGAUUGGAUGAGACAUUAAAUCCACAGCAACAACAAGAAGCUGCUGAUAGACAAGCAGCAUUAGCAUUACAACAAUUACAAGGUGGUCCUGUACCAACAAUUGAUCCAAGAGUUGGAAGACUCAGUAUCACUAUUGUCCAAGCAAAACUAGUUAAAAAUUAUGGUAUGACCAGAAUGGAUCCGUAUGUACGUUUAAGAGUCGGUCAUUCUAUUUAUGAAACACAAACUGCAUCUAAUGGAGGAAAAAAUCCACACUGGAAUAAAGUUAUUCAAUGUUGGAUACCACCAGGAGUUAAUCAAAUAUAUGUUGAAGUAUAUGACGAGUGCUCAUUUACAAUGGAUGAGUUAAUUGCUUGGGGGCACAUUGAAAUACCCGCAUCUGUAGUGCAACGCGGUGAAACACAUGAGGAUUGGUAUAUGUUGAGCGGUAAACAAGGCGACAAUCAAGAAGGAAUGAUUAAUCUAGUCUUUAGUUACUCGAAUAAAGCUGGGCCUUAUUUAAGUGGACCACCAGUUGUCAUGGUACCAUCAGCAACGUCUAAUUUAAUGUUUGGAAUGCCUGGAUACGCUCCUGUAAAUGUUUAUACGGCACCGCCAGUUGCUCCUGUUGCUGCGCCUAUUCCAAGUUCUCUACCUCAAGCUGAAGAAGAACUUAAACAAAUCGCUGAAAUGUUUCCGAAUAUUGAUAAAGAAGUUAUUAAAUCUGUUUAUGACGCAAACAAUGGAAAAAAAGAUAUGACUAUUAAUUCAUUAUUACAAAUGACAGAGUAGUUAUUGUCUUAUUUCUUAUCGGCCAAAAAAAAAAAUAUAUAACACCGGCACACAAAAAAAAAUAAUUUCUCUGUACUUUUGACGGGACCGAUUUAUUCCCAUGUAUUUUGACCCGCUGAAUCUGAAUCCGAGGUCCGUUUAACCCGUACACCCUCAGAUUUUUAGAAAACUUUAAAAAACCUCAAAAAUACACAAAAAUCGACCGUUUUUUAAAUUUAUAAAUUUUUUUAACCCUAACUAAGCAUGAUUUUUAUGUAUUUCGGUCCUCCACAUACUAACCUGAAGUUUAUUUAAAACAUCAGCCAUUUAAAGUCUGAGGAAAUUCCAAAAAACCCCAAAAAAUUGCAAAAAAGCAAAAAAAUUCUUAGUGUUGUGAUGAAAAAAAUUUUUUGAAGCAUAUUAAAAUUUUUUUAUGUUUUAGGCCAAAAUAUUUUUUAUAUAUAUAUCACAGAUCGAACAAUAUGAUUUCUUUUAUUUAUUUCGAUUUAAAAAAUGAUUUUUGUUAUACCAAAGUUUAUUUUUUUCGAUUUUUUGGGAAUUUUCGCCAUUUAUUUAAAAUUUUAGAGAUGUCUGAGCCAUGGAUGUUCGAGAAUUAUAUGUGACAGAUAAACAUACAUGAAAAUAAUUAUUUAUUUAGCCCUAUAAAAUUUUUUUCAUCACAAUACUAAGAAUUUUUUUGCUUUUUUGCAAUUUUUUGGGGUUUUUUGGAAUUUACUCAGACUUUAAAUGGCUAAUGUUUUAAAUAAACUUCAGGUUAGUAUGUGGAGGACCGAAAUACAUAAAAAUCAUGCUUAGUUAGGGUUAAAAAAAUUUAUAAAUUUAAAAAACGGUCGAUUUUAGUGUAUUUUAGAGGUUUUUUAAAGUUUUCUAAAAAUCUGAGGGUGUACGGGUUAAACGGACCUCGGAUUCGGAUUCAGCGGGUCAAAAUACAUGGAAAUAAAUCGGUCCCGUCAAAAGUACAGAGAACUUAUUUUUUUUUGUGUGCCGGUGUAAUUAUUAAUUUUAAUUUUAAUUAAAACUUUUUAAAAUUUUUUUUUGCUAAAUAACAUUCAAUGCCAUUGUAUUUAUUAAUUAUAUACGUAAAUUAAAUGUAAUAUAUUAUAUACGUGUACAUUGCACUGUAAUAUCUUUUCACAAAAUAUUAUAAAUGUUAUUGAAUAUAUUAAAAUAAUAUAUAUUGUAUUAAAAAAUAUAUGUAUGAUAAAAUUUAAUUUUUUUGGGUUUAAAAUUUCGGAGUUGCAAAAAAGGGAUGAAAAAUUCGAGGCGUGAAAUUUUUAGUUUUUGACGAGAAUUUUUUUUUAAAUUAUCUGGCAGGAAAAAAAUUA